AUCUACUCUUUGAAGCUUCUGCCCAGCUUGCAUUGUUUCUAGGAGAACCCGCAUCAUACCUUUAUCUAUAGCCUUCCCCUAGGUCUUCAGAAGCAUCAAGUUUUAACUGUGGACAUUGGAUUUGGUGGAACAGCAAUCAUGACUGUUGGCAAGAGUAGCAAGAUGCUGCAGCACAUUGACUAUAGAAUGAGAUGUAUCCUGCAGGAUGGCCGAAUCUUCAUUGGCACCUUUAAGGCUUUUGACAAGCAUAUGAAUUUGAUCCUCUGUGAUUGUGAUGAGUUCAGAAAGAUCAAGCCAAAGAAUGCGAAGCAACCAGAGCGUGAAGAAAAGCGGGUUUUGGGUCUGGUGUUGCUGCGUGGGGAGAACUUGGUAUCCAUGACUGUGGAGGGGCCACCCCCAAAAGAUACUGGCAUUGCUCGGGUGCCACUUGCUGGAGCUGCUGGAGGCCCUGGGGUUGGUAGGGCAGCUGGUAGAGGAGUACCAGCUGGUGUGCCAAUUCCCCAGGCCCCUGCUGGAUUGGCAGGCCCUGUCCGAGGAGUUGGGGGACCAUCCCAGCAGGUAAUGACUCCACAGGGAAGAGGCACUGUAGCAGCUGCUGCUGUUGCUGCGACUGCCAGCAUUGCUGGAGCCCCAACACAGUAUCCACCAGGACGGGGCACUCCGCCCCCACCUGUCGGCAGAGCAACCCCACCUCCAGGCAUUAUGGCUCCUCCACCUGGUAUGAGACCACCCAUGGGCCCACCAAUUGGGCUUCCCCCUGCUCGAGGGACGCCAAUAGGCAUGCCCCCUCCGGGAAUGAGACCCCCUCCACCAGGCAUUAGAGGUCCACCUCCCCCAGGAAUGCGUCCACCAAGACCUUAGCAUACUGUUGAUCCAUCUCAGUCACUUUUACCCCUGCAAUGCGUCUUGUGAAAUUGUGUAGAGUGUUUGUGAGCUUUUUGUUCCCUCAUUCUGCAUUAAUAAUAGCUAAUAAUAAAUGCAUAGAGCAAUUAAACUGUGA